AUGGAAUUCAAUAAACCAGCACCUUUAAAAAUGACUGGAAACUUACCGCAGAACUUCAAGUUCUUAAAGCAACAAAUUGAGAUUUAUAUAACUGCUACGGAAACUGAUACCAAAUCAAAAGGAGUUCAAGUAGCCCUUUUACUGAAUCUCAUGAGAGCGGAUGCAUUAAAGGUAAAUAAUACCUUAAUUAUUGACAAAGAAAAAGAUACUGAUGUAUCCGGAAUAUUGGAGAAAUUAGAAAAAUACUGUUCACCAAGAGUAAAUGAAAUAAUGGCCCACUACAAGUUCUUUACUGCCAAACAAAAUGAAGAUCCCUUUGAUGUGUAUUCAACCCAUCUUCAAGAGUUGGUAAAACCUUGUAAUUUUGGUACAAUGGAAACCAAAUUACUCAAAACUCAAAUAGUGUUGGGAAUGCAAAGUCGUGACACAUUGGAACGGUUAUUAAGAGAAGAUAUGACAAUCGGCAAGGUAAUAGCGUUUUGUCAAUCUGUUAAAGCUUCAGAAAAGAACUGCAAAGAACUAGAGAAAACAACUGAAGUGAAUCAAAUCAAAAGGACAAAAACGACAAUCAACAACUGUACCAGGUGUGGAACAACUCACUCAAUAAAUAGAUGUCCAGCUUACGGUAAAAUGUGUAAUAAAUGCAAAUUAGCAAAUCAUUUUUCUAGUAUGUGUAAAACUAAAGCAGGCUCUGCUCCAAAAACUAAUAAGGUAAAAAAGAAGUUUAAUAACAAAAUAAGUAAAAAGUCUUCUUACAAGCAAAAUAUAAUUAAUACAGUAAAAAAUGAAUCUGAUAGUGAUAAUGAUGAAAAUUAUACUAUUGCAAUCAAUCAAAUUAAAAAUGAUGAAAUUAAAGAGAAAAAAUGGUUUCAAAAAAUUCUUGUUAAUGGUAUUGAAAUAAGUUUUCAAUUAGAUUCUGGAGCAGAGACUUACAUAUUACCGUUAAAAAUAUACAAAAAGCUUAAAAAUAAAGAGGAAAUAAAAAGAACUAAAGUAAAAUAG